AUGAAUAAACUACUAAAGGAUCUCACAUCCACAAAUGAACAUAGAGUUUCAGUAUUACAAUUAUAUCGAGAAUUAUUACGAAAAACAAACAAAUUACACCAAAAUCAACUACCUUCAUCGAUAAAUCAAUAUGAAUUACAAUUUAGUAUUAAAGAGAGCUUCCACAAACGAUAUGGAAGUACACACGACAUAACAAUUCAAUUAUUAAAAGGUAUAAGAUUAAAUGAAAUUUUGGAAUUAAAUCAAUGGAAUGAUUUAGAAGAAUUAAUUAAAGAAGAACGUAGACUAUUUUUUGAAUAUCAAAAACGAAGGGCAUCUUAUUUAAAAAAUAAAGUGAAUAUUCAUGAAAAACAAAUAAAUAAUUUAAGAGGUAAAGCAAAAAGUCAAAUAUUAUCACUGAAGAAAGGUAAACUAAAAUAUCAAAAACCAGAUUUAUCAACAGCAAAUGGGAAAUCACAAUUUUUAAAGGAUGGCUUGAAGGAAUCAAAAUUUCAUGGUUCUUUAAUAUUACAGAGAUUCAUUCAUGAAUUACAAUUGUUAAACAAAUUACCGGAUCCAAAACUACUACCAUAUACUCCUGAACGUAUUUUCACAACUGGUGAUAACCUUGAUUCAAGACAUAUUGUUGGUGGUGUAACGAAUCAUGCAUUAAGUCAUUAUGAUCAAGAUAUUUUACAAAGUAUAAUCAUUCCUGGAUUAGAGUAUGAGAUAAAUAAAAAUUACUUGGAUGAAUUGAGAACUAUACUACAAGAAAAAGGUCCUUAUGAAGCAGUUAUCAAGGAGACAAAUUCAGGUAUUGUACCAUUACCUUAUAUUAUGCAACCAACGAAACACAAAAUUGGUCGUGAAGAGUUAGCAGUUUUAGUAAAGAGACAGACGUUUUGUCUUAGAAUGAUGAAGAUUUGGGAAGCAGAUAAAGAACUUCCAGAAGAAAAUAUGCAAAGAGAUGGAAGUUAUAUCAUUAAACGAAGUAAAGGCUGGGGAGAUCAAGAACUCGUUUAUCCAAGACAAUAUUAUCAAAAGUAUUGUGACGGAGAAGAAUUGUUUGAAGUUUUAUUGCAAAUUGAAAUAAACAAGAAUAAGAAAGUGAAAACACCCAUUGAUUUUGACAAAUAUUACUGGGGUGAAAGUUUAGAUAUUUCUUCCCAAUAUCUACGCCAGGAAUAUAAUAAGACUAUAAAAGAAUCUCAGAUAGAUUUAUUACCACUUCAACAAGAACUUCAAAAGAAGUAUAAUGCUGAAUAUGAUAAGAAAGUGGAGAAGUACAACACCUUGUCGAUGAAUCUUAUCAAACAUAAUGUGUUUAAGCAUAGUGAAAUUGUAUCACCAGUUAAUUGCAAUACCAUUUACAAUGGUUUAGAAAAGAGAAGUAUUGAUAAAUUCCCAGUCAAAGAUAAGGUUGGUAAAGGAAAAUCAUUAAGUGAUCUCAUUACUGAAGUGGGGUUAAAAAGUUACGAAUUUGGCAAUAAGUUCACCAAACGAGUCACUCAAAUCAUCAAGCGAAUUAGCUACAAAUAUUAA